GAGACACGCUCUUGACCACGUUUCUUUUGGGGUAAAGACGUGGCGGGCCCUGUUUGUCAGCUGGAACUGCCCACAACAUGCGGGUGUACUUUCUCUGUCUGGUGUUUGGUAUGGUCUGGUGUAAGCCAUGGCUCCAGGUCGAUUUUGAAGAGCUUCCUACACUGACUGACAACACUGAAGUCACAGAAGGUUAUUUCGAAGGGGAUAUUGACCUCCCAAAGGUUCGCAGUGUCAUUCGAGGAGCCAACUAUAAAUGGCCGAGGAAUACAGUGUAUUACACCAUCAGCUCCUCUUACCCCACUGCCACUCGAAACCUCAUCCUUCAGGCGAUGAAAGAAAUAGAAGAUGAUACAAAACACGGGACCACAUACUGUGUGCGGUUUGAGCAGAGAACAACACAGACAGACUACAUCAAUGUACAUAGCGGCGACGGGUGCCAUUCCAAAGUUGGGCAUCAAGGGGGAGCGCAGGAGGUGUCCAUCGGUUCCGGCUGCGACACCAAGGGCGUUGUCAUGCAUGAGUUACUCCACGCGCUGGGCUUCUGGCACGAGCAUAGCCGUUACGACCGCGACAACUACAUCGUGGUUCACACCGACAACGUCGUUACUGAUUCCAUCCACGACUUCGAAAAGCACACAGUAAGUCAAGUGGACACUUUGGGAAUGAACUACGACCUAGGAUCCAUCAUGCAUUACGGCCCUUACACCUUCGCAAAAGAUAAAUCCAAGCCCACCAUCUCUGUCAAGCCGGGUCAAGGUUCGGGAGUCACCAUGGGUCAGCGACUUGCACUGAGCAGCGAAGAUGUCCAACAGAUUCAAAAGCUUUACGGAUGCGUUGUUGAUACAUCUCACAUCACACAUCCGACAUAUCAAUACAUCGUCAACUGCAACUUUGAGGCUGAUUUCUGCAACCUCCAGCAAGACAAAUCAGAUAAUUUUGAUUGGCUCCGGAUGUCUGGAAGUACCCCAACUCUCAACACAGGCCCUAACGCUGAUCACACUAACGGCGCAGGGUACUACAUAUAUGCCGAAGCAACCAACCACCUGAGACAAGUAACCAAGCUGACCACACCCACCGCCACUAGAGGAGAGUAUUGCAUAGACUUUUGGCUCUUCCAGGGUGGCAGUGAAGAAGGCAGUUUCCAGGUGUGGGUAGGUGGACCCGACGUCGUCGCACAAGCCAUCAAGACCAUCACCGGCGACCAGGAUGCGGAGUGGAACCACUUUAGAAUUAAUCUGAACUCGCCUGCUUCUUUCCAUCUCGUCCUGCAAGCUAACAUUGGCAGAGGGGAACACAGCGAUAUCGCCAUCGAUGAUUUCAAGUUCUACAAAGGACGUUGUUUAUAGGGCUACUCUAGGCCCGAGAGGCCUGCUGCUCACAAAAAUAAAUAUAAAACAAGCUGUGAGAAAAAACCUCCCAGUUUCAUCCA